AUGGCUGGAAGAACGUGGCAAGUAGAGAAUACUGUAAAGCUGAUUAUUUUAUUUCCCAUGUUAAUAAUGGUUCCUAUUAGACCAGAUCCUGAGGCCAGACUUUUAGCCUUCGGAUGCAGCACCAGACCCAGCAACAACGCCACAGUCUCUGAAAAAAAUAUGAACGCGGCUCUGGCAGCCGUAGUGGAAGAUGUCGUUCCAUCUGGAGUUGCUACAAAAAAUGUGGUGGAAGGAACAGAUCUCACAGAUUCAAUAUACGUUCUGGCGCAGUGCAGAAAGGAUAAGUCUUCUGCUGAUUGCGUUGACUGCAUAAAGGCUGCAGAAAAACAAGUUCGCAACUGUUUCAAUGAUAAAUAUUGUGGCGGCAGGGCAACCUACGACGGCUGUUAUCUGCGUUUGGAGAACUCUAAUUUUUACACUAAGUACGCCGACACGGGAAAUAAAAAGGUGUGCGGUGAUACCAAUGCACCCACCUCCAAUUUAAUUUCGGCAAUUGGUCAAAGUUUGAUAAGCGAUCUGUGCACUGCAACUCCAGGAAUAAAGGAUUAUUUGCUGCCCAGACGAGAAAAAGCCCGUCUAAUACGACUAUCUACGGACUUGCCUCCUUAUGGAUUGACUAACAAGCGUGUUAAUCAUGCGUUUUCCAUUGUCGAUUUUACAGUUACUCCUGUUUACAAUGAUUUAUUGACAGUUGAGAUAUUAUCCGUUUUGCUUUUCAGUGAAGAAGCGGAUGUUGAAGUAGAAACGGAACUCCGUGGGCCAGAGGAUAUUAAUUUCAAGGGUACGUUGAAAAAUGACAAAUUUGUGGCAGUAAAGAAGCUGACAUUAGGUCGCUCGGUCCACCCAAUUUCUGAACUCGAAAGAGAAGUGAAAGUCAUUUCUAAUGUUCAUCACAGAAAUCUUGUGCGUUUACUUGGAUGUUGA